GCAGACAUGAAACAAUCGAAUAGCGACACGAGAGUGUUAUGUUUGUUUAUGUUUUGCUGCCCACAUGGUGUGCAAUCGUAGUGUUGUAGCGUAAAUUGUUUGAGGAAGAGUAACAGUAACAACCGUGUGCCAUGGGCAAGAAAGAUAAAAAUAAGAAAAAGGGGAAGGGAGCUGAGAAAACCGCUGCGAAGACAGAGAAGAAGCUGUCUCAGAAACAGAAGAAAGAACUCGCUGCAAUUGGUGAAGAUGAUAUUGAAAAAAUUGUUGCCCAAAUCGAAAAAGAAGAGCAGAAGAAAAUGCAAACUGUGGAACUGCGUGUCGGCCCACCAAGCAGAAGAGUGAACUUUUCUUUUGUUCCCCAUCCUGAAAAGGAUGAGCUUAUUUUAUUUGGCGGAGAAUAUUUUAAUGGACAAAAAACGGAGAUGUACAAUGAUCUCUUCUUUUACAACAUCCCACGCAACGAGUGGGUGUUAGUUAAGUCGCCAGGAGCUCCUCCACCACGCAGUGGUCACCAGGCUGUUGCUGUAGCAGCUGGGAAAGGGCAGCUGUGGAUUUUUGGUGGGGAAUAUGCCAGCCCUUCACAGUCUCAAUUCUAUCAUUACAGAGACCUUUGGGUUUACCAUUUAGCUACAAAAAAGUGGGAGAAGAUAAGUGCUCCUGGAGGACCAAGUGCUAGAAGUGGACAUAGAAUGGUAAAUGUGAAGAAAAAACUCAUGGUGUUUGGUGGUUUCAGAGACAAUGUAAGAGAUUACCAAUAUUUUAAUGAUCUUUAUGCUUUUAAUAUGGAGGAUUACACAUGGAAAAAAUUAGAACCAUCAGGUACUGCUCCUGUUCCACGAUCAGGAUGUCAGAUGCUUGCACUCUCAGACAACAGAAUAUUGAUCUUUGGAGGUUAUCAUAAAGAAAAACUCAAGAAAGAUGUUGAUAAAGGAGUGAUCCAUACGGACAUGUUCUUGUUGUCCAUGGACAAACAUGACCAAAGUGGCACAAAGUGGAAGUGGCAGCCAAUCAAACAAUCAGGAUCAGUGCCUAUGAGAUGUGGUGUCUCUGUUGCAAUGGCCACAGGAAAUAAGGCUUAUACAUUUGGUGGUGUGUGUGAUACUGAAGAAACAGAGGAAGAAUUGGCUGGCACAUUCUACAAUGAUCUGCAUGCAAUUGAUCUUGAGAAAAUGUCAUGGAGGAAAGUUACUUUAUGUAAGAAAGAUAUGACAACAUCAAAAAGAAGAAGAAAAAAGGAAAAAGAUGUUGCUGGUGGUGAUGAAGUAGAAAGUGAAGGAGAGAGUGCAGAAGAAAUGGAUGUUUCCCCAACAGAGACAGAAGUAAAUGAGGAAUGCACUACUGUUGCUGAUGAUGGCGUUUUCAAAGUCACUAUUGGGAAACCUGUGCCCUCUGUUCACAGUACAACAGAAGAAACAAUUGUUAAUGAAACUAACACUUUUUUUCCUUCACCUAGAAUUAAUUGUGGCCUUGCCAUUAAGCGAAGUGUGCUCUACUUGUACGGUGGCAUGGUGGAAGAUGGAGAUAAGGAGUUUACAUUGUCAGAUUUUUACACCUUAGACCUCCAUAAGCUGGAUGAAUGGAAAACCCUCAUAACAAGUGACUUAGCCACACAAGAAUGGAUUGCUUCAGACAGUGAAUCGGAUGAAAGUGAUGAUGAUGAGGAGGAGGAUGAAGAUGAAGAUGAAGGUGAAGAUGAGGAUGAUGAAGAUGAUGAAGAGGAAGAAGAGGGUACUGCCAGCAAAAAAACUGAAAACAAUGACAAAAAUAAUUUGAAAAUGGAAACAGACUGAUUGUGACUGACCAAGUUUUGUUGUUAUUUAAAAACUUUUUUUUUUUUUUUCAAAUACAUUAUCACAUAUUUUCGAAAAAAUAUGUGGGAGGUCACUUUUAUUCCCUUACACAUAUGCACACCCAACCGAAUGUGAUGUUCCCAUGUAUGCAGAUAAUCUGUUUAAA